CGUUCAUGUUCGUUGUGCGAUUACAUCAACCGAGAAAAUUCCAUCUUGUUUAAAGGAAAAGGAGUGAGUCCAUUGAUGCAAGAACUGUAAGAAAAUGAUCGGUUUCUUGAAGAUACCUCCACAUGGUCUACUUUGGUUUGCUUUCGUCGUGCAAUGUUGUACAACCACCUCGACGAGCCUGCAGGUGCUCCUCGGGGCCUCCUCUUCGCGGUCUUUCGCCACGACUUCUAGUUCGAGGCGAUUUCCUCCUGUGCCAGACUAUCCGGCACCAGCGCCCCCAGCAGAGAAUGUCGUGGUCGAGCAGCCCUCGUCCAGUCUUUCUUCGGUGCUUCCUCAUGAUCUUCCAGUGGGUUCUGAGCUG